UGCUGCCAAGUCUACCUUCCUCCCCCUUUCAUCUGCCCUGAUACCCAUUUAAGAUGUGCUGUAGACGAUGAGCAUCCUUUCACGCUCGUCCCAGUCGACGUCGACGCGCGUACUUGCCCUCGCUGCCAUCUAUGCCCUCAUCCUCAUCUCCUUUCCCUACGCCAGACAUCUCACCGCCGUCAGCCGACUUCCCAUUGACUCUGAGGCGAUCCAGACCUGGACUCAGCUGAAUCGCAAGACUGGCUGUCCUGCUCAGAUACCCGCAUCAAUAGGUAUCUCGUAUGGGACACUCGAUGGAGAUGAGCGGGGAACCUGGUCGGCGGAAACACGCAGCCAGACUGCAGCGCUUCUCCAGCUGGCCAGCGAGGGCAACGAUCGCAGUCAUGCCGCCGCAAGCAGGUGGUGUGUUCAGUGGCAGGUCAGCUGGACGCUCACCCGGCAUGACAGCGACGUCACACCUGACUUCAGUUACCGGAUAGACGGUUCAGGGGCUGGUGAAGAUAUCGGCUCAGGGACUCCACUGGUGCUCAAUUUGACCGAGCCUCUCACGAACUUCUCUCCUCACUCGGUUGCCUCGGCAUUGGCGAAGCGGAUAGCUUUCGACCUCGAUCUGCCUUACAAACACUUGCUGAUGCAAGGCGCAGCUGAGAGCAGUCGGACGAGCGACAACGGGGCAGAUGGCGAUUGGGACAUUGCGGCACCGGCCGCCGCUUCCCAGGCUGCUGCUCAAGGUGUUCAUACCGCCCCACCCGCCUCUGACUCAUCUGCUGUUGCUCGUCUGCGUGACUACGUCGAACAGGACGAGGGAGAUCUACAAGUUCGAGGAUUUUCUCUAGGAGACGAAGAUACUUUCCAUGAGGCUUACUCGCAAGACAGACCCUUUGACCUGCCAUCGCGCCUCCUGCUCCACUUUCAUCUCCUCAACGAAGACCUUGCGCUGGACAACUCUACCCAACCUCCGCUCGGUCAAGGGUUCAGAUCUCAAAUACGAGGGCAGCUGAAGAGCCUACAAUGUCAACUCGAGAGCCUCACCACCCUAGGCUAUACUGCGGACUGGGGCGUUGGGAAGGUGGCGAGAGGGAUCAAAUGGGAGGACAUCAAUUGGACGGCCAAUCGGACUUGGGAGGAGCAGGUCGAGAUCGAGGAAGAGAGAGAGGUUGAAUGCGAGCUCGAGGCCGCCCUCGAAGAGGAUGAAGGGACCGAGUCCGCAGACGAAGAUGAUGAAGAAGGAACCUAUGCUCCUCCUGCGCAGUCACCGGUGUCACGUCCAAUGUGCGUGGAGCGAUACAACUCUACCACAAGUGUUCCGCGGAGCGAAGCGAUCGAGAAGCGAGCUUACUACCUCCCUCAGGAUCAGAUGGAGACAUUUGUGGACGAAAGUGGAUGGGGCCUCGACAGUCAGCAAGGAGCAGGCCAGGGCGGAACCUACGCCCCGUUUCCCUUCCUCUUCGAGCAGGGUCUGGACACAGGAGAUGAGGAUAGUGGGAUAGCAGCAGAUGCUACCACGCUGCACUUCGUCUUGUACAACCCAUCUAGUGAGCGCCGUCCAGUCGUCUACGGCGGGGAGCAAGACCCCUACGAGGAUCUAUCUGAGCCUGCGACAACGCCCGCUUCAGAAGGUAGCCUUCUCGAAGGAGAUGACAAGCCGGUCACCUCUCCCGAGGAAGCGCGAUGGCGCUCUCUCGUCAAGAUUGCGGAAGAUCAAGAGGGCAAGGAAGAGACGUGGGGUUGGGUUGUCCCGUCCUGGGGAGGCGUGGUGAUGCUCCCCUCCCACCAAGACACAUACAGCGAGGUAGCCGAGCUCGUAGAGCGUCAGCUCCUCACCUUGCUAGGUCUUCCAUUAGACCAAGGGUCUGAGCAGCAGCAGAGGCAAGUCACCUUCCACCUCAAGCGUCUCACGAUCCUCAACAGGCUCAGAGACGCAAUCGAUACACUCGAGAGCGUGCACAGCUCCCUGUCCAAGCUGUCCAACCUAGAAGUCGGCACUUCAGUGCAGUCCUCCGUCGAAUCAAGUCUGCAAGCACUGCAGCGCAUCUCUACCUCUACCUCUCCAGAGUCAGCAUCAGCAUCCAGUUCCAAGUGGAGCUCGAGCCUUAGCUGGUCAGAACUUUCCUCCCUCUCCCUGCUGGCCAAAUCCUCUGCCUCUCUAGCAUUCUACAACCCACGCAUGGUGGGACAACUCUACUUUCCCGUAGAACAUCGCUACGCCGUCUUUACGCCCUUGUUUGGCCCGCUGGCGGUCCCGCUGCUGCUGGCUGCUGUCAAGGAGGUGAAGAAGAUUGUGCAGAAGAGGAGGAGGAGGGCAAAGAAGACGGCGAAGUCCAGGAAGGAGAAGGAGAAGGAAAAGGGCCAUUGAGGUCUGGGACUACGAAAGGAAUUUUUGUGCGAAGUGGCUGAUAUAGUACAUGUGUGA